AUGGUGCGGAUCCAAAGAAACUUUCUUUGGGGAGGAAGUGCGGAGGACAAAAAAAUGUGCUGGGUAAAAUGGGCACAAGUGUGUUUACCCAAAGAGAAGGGAGGAUUGGGUGUGAGAGAUUUAGAUAUGUUCAAUUUGGCUUUGUUGAGUAAAUGGAAGUGGAGGUGUAUAGAUGAGAAACAUGCACUCUGGUACGAUUUAUUGCAGUUCCGUUACGGGCCUCUUUCUAUUAAAAUUCUUAGCCGGGAAGCAGUAAUUACGGGUCCUAAGGAUUCUCUUUGGUGGAGAGAUGUGGUAGGAGUCGGGGGGAAGGAUGAAGACUGUUGGUUUCCUUCACAAGUCAGCAGCAGGGUGGGUAAUGGUAAAACUAUUAGUUUUUGGAAAGAGAAAUGGUUUGGGGCUACGCCGUUAAGGGACCUUUUCCCUAGUUUAUUUGCGAAAGAGCUUCACAAAGACUGUGUGGUAUCAGACAUAAUCCAGCUGGACAUUUUUAAGCUGAAUUGGACUAGAGAUUGGUUGACAUCUUUGACGCACGCCGAAUCUGUAGAGAAGGCAGAAUUAGAGCAUCUUUUGUUCGGUUUGGUUCUUCAAUCGGACAUAGCAGACCGGUGGCGAUGGAACACUGCUGUGACAGUUGCGGAGGACUGCAAUCAUCUUUUCUUCAGUUGUAAUAAAGUUACUGAACUUUGGAGACAAGUUUGUUUGUGGCUGGGCUGUGAUUAUAACUUACAGGAGGUGGGUUGUAAACAUUUUUUGUCUUUUGGUUUAAUUAUUAAAUCCAAGAAAGGCAAGAAGGUUAGACACUUGAUUUGGUUAGCAACAACUUGGUGUUUAUGGCGUACGAGAAACAAUAUUCUGUUUAGAGGUGACAAGGCUGAUUUUUCUGCACUGCUUGAUCAAAUUAGAUUCAUUUCUUGGCUCUGGUUUGGUGGUAGAGCGGGACGCAAAGCAGGAUAUUCGUAUUCCAAUUGGUGUAUUAAUCCACUAUGUUGUUUACAAAGCUUUUGA